UAUAAUUUUCCUAGUUAUUAUGUCUUUUUCGAAAUUAAAUUUGUUGGCCAAUAUUGGUGCAUCCACUGUUCAUAAUCUGUCAGCAGUUCGUUGUCUGCAUGUUCGUAGGCGAUGGAUGCGUCCAUACUUGAAGGAUUUAUAUAACAGGCGGGUCAUGGCUGGCCCUGAACCUCUCGUGAGUCGAUCCGCCAUGGACAAUUGGAAUUACACGUCAGAAAUAUUCGCAUUCUCUCAUAGACUUGGAAUUUCUGAACUUGACCAUGAGUCAAUUGUCAAGGCACUAACAAACAAAAGUUUUUUCGAACGAAAAGACGUUGAAGAAGGUGCAUUGUAUCCCCAACCAUCAAUGGACGAAGAAAUACAAAUUAUGAAUAACGAAAGCAAUGAGGAUCUUCGAGAAAAGGGCGAAGUCCUUUUUAGGCAUAUCUUGCUUUCUUAUCUGCGAGCUCAUUGGCCUUUGGCACCCGAGUUCAUAAUUGCCGUUGCAAUGCAUUUGGCUUCGAACGAAGUCCUCGCUCAAAUAAUUAAUCAUUUGGGAAUUCAACAUCUUGUUCGUACUGGCGAAUUUCCGCCAUCUGAGGAAACACUUCAGACAGCUCUUCUUGCUUUACUUGCUUCAAUUGAUAUUGUUGAUAUUGAACCUCGUCUUAUAAAUUCUGGUGGGUUGUCUACUGCUAUGCCUUAUUACGAAAUUGGCAUUUACGCAAAUAAGGAGAGAAUCCUCGGACAAUCUGCUGGUGAACAGCCAUGGGUAGCACUUGAUUUGGCUUCGCAGAAUGCACUUCUAAGAAUAUGGAAAGUUCUUGAUGAACCGCGCGUUUUUCCCUUCAAAUGUGAAAAUGUUUAUGAGUUGCGUUUUGAAAAGGCACAAAAAGCAAAUCACAGUUUAAUGGACAUUGUUGCUGAGGACACAGACGUUGGACUGUACUCUCCCGAGGAAUUGGCUCAAGAUCCAUUAGAUCCAGUAAAUAUGGCUCGUUUCUACCAAAGCAAAGUAAAUCCAGAGCUGGGUCUUCCUCAUAGGAAAAGAUUGCGGCAUAUGUUCUCUUAUGGCAGUAUAAUGCGACGUCCAAGACGUUCCAUGGUUAAACCACAACCACACAAUAUUUGA